CUUUCAUAAUACAACUAAUACUUGGUUAAUUUCUGUUGUGCUCUGAAAACACGAUAUCAGCUAUGUCUCCCAAUACUGUAGUGCCAGAGCCACUGCAGAAUUGCUACUGUCCAAAGACUAGUGGGACAAAGAAAAAAGAAGCAAGCGAACUUAGAAAGACAAUGAAACCUUUGAUGGAGAAAAGAAGACGGGCUAGGAUUAAUGAAAGCCUUAACCAGCUCAAGACUCUCAUCCUCCCUUUGAUAGGAAAGGAUAACUCCCGUUAUUCCAAACUGGAAAAGGCUGAUAUCCUGGAAAUGACAGUGCGCUUCCUCAAAGAACUUCCCAGGACCCAGUCAAUGCAAAAUUCAUCAGAAAGCUACAAUGACGGAUAUCGAGCAUGCCUCCAACAUCUCACCCACAUCCUACCUACUUGCAGUUCACUAGACCAAGACACCUGUCAUCGUCUCUUGGAGAAUCUACAUAAGGCAUCAGAGCUACAGCGGUCUAAAUCCCCAUGCCACAACUGUCCCUGCAGUCCUCCAGCCAGCCCAGUGAAUCUGUGUCAGAAUGCUCAAGCACAGGUCCAUCUCAGCCAACCUCAAACCUCUGGAAGUUCCUGUAUUGUCUCUAGCUCCUCUGGUUCUUCGUCCUCAACUUCACAACAUUUCUCCAGACCUCAGCUCUCGGUGCUUCAGCAAUCUAACAGGCCUGUUUGGCGACCUUGGUAGAACUAGUGAAAAAGACUUACAUAUGAAACUUUUUGCUACAAGCUGUUUAUAAUGUAUAUUACAUUAUGCAGUGCAACAAACUGUUAAUGUGUACACACCUUUUGAGGGGAGGUUUGCAGUACAUUUCAUGAAGAAAUAAACACACACACAAUAUAUAUAUAUAUAUAUAUAUA